UUGCAACGCCGCGUGAAGUCGAGCGCAUAGUUACGUCACGUCCCCAAACGUCAUUUCCUGUCAUUCUCGCGCGAGUAACAUGCAUCGUUUGGUUGUUGGCGUGUAGUUUACACUUGUAUUGUUUGUGUAAUAUUUCGAAAUCGUCUGGUAGUUUUGUUUUAAAACUGUUCUUUGUGUUUCACACUUGGUUUUUUUUCUUCUCAGUAUUAAAUAAAAGUGCAUUUAGGCCGAUUUUGGGUGCAUUAUUGAACGGGCUAUUACAUUCGUGAUUCGGUUAACUGUUAACAAUAAGAUGUUUAUAUAUACUUGGGCAUGUUAUGUAAGCUGCUUCUCAAGGAUUUAAUCAUGCACAUUACUUCGCUGUAAAAUUACUCGCGCACCUGUUUAACCUGGUUAAGUCGCCUUUGUCGUGAGGGGUUGACAGCAGAUAUCUGCUGAAACAGUGAUGGAUCCGGAAAACACAGAGAAUGGUGUGGAGGAAGCUGCAGGCUUUAAUGAUGAAGACCUUGAGUUUUGUGAUGAAGAAAGUGUGGCUUCCAGUGUGGACACUACAACAGAGGAGAUGUUUCUUGAUGGUCUUGACCCUGUUCUAGAUCAACCUAAGAUGGACUCACCUGAGAAAGACUUGGAUUCAAAGGCUGACUUGCAGAAAAGAAAACGACCCCGUCUGUCUUAUACAUCCUCUUCUUGUGAAGAAGGGGACAUGGAAGAUGAAAGCGAGAAGCAUUCUUUACCUGAUGUUUCCUCUGCAGCCUCCAGAGAAAGGUGGCAUAAUGCAAAUGAGGCAGAUGUGGAACCACCCUGUAUAUUGUUCACACCCAUUGAAACACCUGGGCCAAAGAAUGUACCCAGUAAUUGCAGCAGUCCUCAGCAGUUUUUUAAGCUUUUCUUCACAAAAUCUGUGUUGCAAGGAAUCGUAGGGCACACAAAUGUUUAUGGGACCAAGUGCAAAGAUAAAACAGGCAAGCGGUGGCUUUACAUUUCACAUCAAGACUUUAAGUCGUUCAUAGCAAUGGUUAUUUACAUGGGUCUGUUUAAGUGCUCUUCUCUAAAGGACUAUUGGAGAGAGUCUCGGUACUUGAGUCUUCCCUUUCCAGCUCAAGUCAUGUCUUAUCGGAAUUUUCUGAUUAUUUCCAAUGCCUUGCAUUUAAGCAAUACCAGCGAGGAUGAAAAAAAUGAGAUGAUGAAAGAAACAUCAUCCUAUGAAAGACUAGGCAAAAUAAAAUCGAUGUAUCUAGAAAUAAGGGAGGCCUGCAAGAAGUAUUUUCAUCCUUUUCAGAACAUCACGAUCGAUGAAAGAAUGGUGAUGUCACAGGCUAGAACUGAACUCGGAGAAUGCUCGAAAAGCAAACCUGCAAGUAGGGGUUACAAACUGUUCGCACUGUCAGACUGCACCACUAGCUAUACGUGGGACUUCUUUAUUUACGAGGGAAAGUCUCGUGCACCGCAGAGCCAAGGCUUGAGCUACGAGUCGGUUAUGUCAUUGGUUGAUGAAAAUUACCUGGGUGAUGGCUACAAACUAUUUCUGGACAGAUAUUUCACCAGCCCCGGUCUCUUCAGUGACCUCCUGCUCAAAAAGAUUUGGGCUUGUGGACCUAUUUGGGCAAACAGGAAAGGUUUUCCACAAACAGUUUUCAAUAAAUUGAAGCGAAACGAUCCACGCGGCACAGUGCGUUGGAUUAGAGCCAAUGAGCUGCUGUUUGUUGAAUGGCAAGAUGUACAGAAAGUGCAGAUGUGCUCCACUUUCCACAAAGCUAAUGGAGGAGACACCGUGAAGAGGAAAGUGAUGGAUAAGGAUGGAAAUCGGACCGUCGCUGAUAUUCCCAUUCCAUCUGCGGUGUUGGACUACAAGAGGACUAUGAGUGCACUGGAUCCAUCUGAUCGCAUUACCGCACAUUACAGAACGCUACAUAAACCGAAAAAGUGGUACCAGUGUUUCUUUUAUCAUUUUUUGGACAUUGCUGUAAACAAUGCAUUCAUCCUACAGGAACUGAUUGCCAAGGAAAGAAACGUGAAAGCUUUGACCAGAAUGGAGUUCCUGGAGACCCUCAUUGAGGAGCUUACAGAAAUAGGUUCACAAAAAAGGUUCCUGAUUGCUCUUUCUGCUCGGUCUCAGAAAUCUACCUCUGCUCCGCCCUCGACCCCUUGCCUACCUGCCCCCUCAGAUACUCCUGCUUUUCCCCACAGGCCGAAAUACAUUGCUCAGGACAGCACUAUCGGUAGGCGGAAAUGCAAGCACUGUCGCUACCAAACUCCAAUUGUAUGUGAGACCUGUCAUGUACCAUUGUGCUUUCAGCCCAAGCGUGACUGUUUCGGUGAAUGGCAUGAACAGCAAUUGUUAUGAUCUGUGGCUAUAAUACUUGCAUAUAAUAUGUUUAUUAUAUUUCCCCACCACCAUUCUUAAGUUCAUAUGUGGUGCAUUUACCAUUAUUUGAAUAUACUAAUAUAAAGUGUUUUGUUGACUUUGUAAUAUUAAAAUGGGGAAAAUUUGUCUCUUGUUCAUUCUGUGCAUAUACUGUAGUCAGCAUUGUGCUGAAUCAAAUGUCUUUGGUCUGAAUAGCAUUUCUGUAACAGUUUAUACCGCGUCAUUCCAGGACAAAACAACAAAUUUUUCGAAAAUGUGAAUAUUUGUUACUCUGUCGAAAAUUUGUAAUGAUCAGCCUUACAGCCUAAAUAUUUUUAUCAGGAGUGCAACUGUCUAUUUUGAAAUUUAUUGUGAGGAAAACAAUAAAAAAGUUUACUAUUA